UCUAUCAUUUUAUUCUUUCUAAACUUAAAAUCCCUAAAAUAUUAGCAGUAGUAAUACUUAGGAAGAAGAACGUCCCAGUCACUAAUUCCUGUUUGCUUUCCUCAGGCCUCCGUCCUCUUGCUUUCACCCAUUUUCGGUCAAAAUUAGGGGAAGGAAUAGCAAAUACAAGCAGAGCGAACAACACUCGGGUCGUUGACAAUGAAGGAGAAUAAACUGAUAGCCCUAGGGUUCGAGGGUUCCGCCAACAAAAUAGGGGUAGGAGUAGUAGCAAUCGACGGAACAAUCCUUUCUAAUCCACGCCACACAUACAUUACCCCACCUGGCCAUGGUUUCCUCCCACGUGAAACUGCUCAGCACCACCACCAACACAUCUUACCCUUAAUUCAAUCCGCCCUACAAACCGCAGGAGUAACACCCCACCAAAUAGACUGUAUCUGCUACACUAAAGGCCCCGGUAUGGGGGCCCCACUCCAGGUAUCCGCUGUGGUUGUACGUGUUCUGUCUCAGCUGUGGAAGAAACCUAUUGUCGGGGUCAACCAUUGUGUUGCCCACAUUGAAAUGGGUCGGGUUGUGACCGGGGCGGUUGAUCCGGUUGUGUUGUAUGUGAGUGGUGGGAAUACUCAGGUGAUUGCGUAUAGUGAGGGACGGUAUAGGAUUUUUGGGGAGACGAUUGAUAUUGCUGUCGGGAAUUGCUUGGAUAGGUUUGCUAGGGUUCUUACUUUGUCCAAUGAUCCUAGCCCCGGGUACAGCAUUGAACAGCUUGCAAAGAAAGGGGAAAAGUUCAUUGAACUUCCAUAUGUUGUAAAAGGAAUGGAUGUGUCGUUCAGUGGAAUACUGAGCUACAUUGAAGCCACAGCUGAGGAGAAGCUGAAAAAUAAUGAGUGCACACCAGCAGACCUUUGUUUCUCUUUGCAGGAAACUCUGUUUGCGAUGCUUGUAGAGAUUACAGAACGAGCUAUGGCGCAUUGUGAUAAGAAAGAUGUGUUAAUUGUUGGUGGUGUGGGAUGCAAUGAGCGCUUGCAACAGAUGAUGCAAAUUAUGUGCUCUGAGAGGGGCGGCAAGUUGUUUGCAACUGAUGACAGGUACUGCAUUGACAAUGGAGCAAUGAUUGCUUAUACUGGUCUCCUAGAGUAUGCGAAUGGUACAUCAACUCCAAUGGAGGAAUCAACAUUCACACAACGGUUUAGAACUGAUGAGGUCCUCGCAACUUGGAGAGAGAAGGUAUCAGCAAAAGCAUGAAUAACCACUAGGUGUAUUACAUUGAGGUGAAGAUGUAAAUCUUAUUGGCGCUUUCGUUUUGUUACUCUUUCAUGGACAACCCGUGUGACUGUAUUGUACUAUAUUUAUAUGCCUGCAGUGGCUUAUAAUGAGUCAACUGUAAGGCGUACAUGAACAAUUUUUGUAUUAGUUAUGUAUUUCGAGAAGAUUAUGGUAACAUGUUUGUUACAUACAUUCUUAAUACUGGAACUGCCACUACUUGAGCCCUUUGAAAGCUUAUUUUGUGCUUACAGCCUCUGGGUGCUCGAUUCUUGAGCAACAACGGUGCAUUGCAUAGCUAAUCUUUAAGCUUUGGGGCUUGAUUUCGGAUGUCGAGUGGUGGGUUUGCCGGCGAUAGUGGUAGUUGUUUUGGUGCUCAUCAGUGGUGGUGGUGGUGGUAGUUGUUCAUAGCUACCCCGGUCAGUAGCACAGAAGGUUUAGAAGGCCAAGUUUGGGUGACAAGUAGUAGUAGUGGUAGCCAGAAGCUAGGUGUUGUGUUUUCUUCAAUACUCUUAUCUUCCAUGAUGUUUAAUAGUUUGUCCUCCUUAAAUUCCAAUCUUACCAUUUACUGAAAUCAUCUGCACCAAAUGUUAGUCUGACUCGGAUGAAUUACUGAUUCAUUGCAAUUCAUAAGUAUGUGCAAAUCAGCUUAUGACGUUACGUUUA